AGACAGGACUGCUACAAGCCCGACGGAGGUUCUCUCCUGCCUCCUUCCCUUUCCGGAUGAGCUUCAAUUUCCAAAAUUCUGGUGACCAUGUCCGACGGCGAAGCUGAAACCUUGCGAAGCACCUUUCCCUCUUACAUGGCAGAGGGCGAGAGGUUGUACCUGUGCGGGACCUAUUCUAAGGCCGCCCAGAGCUUCAGCAACGCUCUUCACCUUCAAAGCGGAGAUAAGAACUGCCUGGUGGCCCGCUCCAAGUGCUACCUGAAGAUGGGAGACUUGGAGAAAUCCUUGAAUGACGCCGAGGCCUCGCUGCAGAGUGACCCAACGUUCUGCAAGGGGAUUUUACAGAAGGCUGAGACCCUGUACACCAUGGGAGACUUUGAAUUUGCCUUGGUGUUCUAUCAUCGGGGCUACAAACUGAGACCUGAUCGGGAAUUCAAGGUUGGAAUUCAGAAAGCCCAGGAAGCCAUCAACAACUCAGUGGGAAGUCCUUCUUCAAUUAAACUGGAGAACAAAGGAGACCUCUCCUUCUUAAGCAAACAAGCUGAGAGUAAGAAAGCCCAACAGAAGCCGCCACCUGUGAAGCAGCUGCUACACAACACCAAGCACGAAACCAAGCGGAAGGGUUCACUCAAGAGCGAGAAGACCGUCCGGCAGCUGCUCGGGGAGCUGUACGUGGACAAGGAGUACCUGGAAAGGCUCCUUCUGGAUGAAGACCUCAUCAAAGGCACCAUCAAGGGUGGCCUGACCGUGGAGGAUCUCAUCAUGACCGGCAUCAACUACCUGGAUACCCGUAGCAACUUCUGGAGGCAGCAAAAGCCCAUCUACGCCAGGGAGCGAGACCGGAAGCUCAUGCAAGAGAAGUGGCUAAGGGACCGGAAACGCAGUCGCUCGCAGACAGCCCACUAUAUCCUCAAGAGCCUGGAGGACAUUGACAUGUUGUUGACCAGUGGCAGUGCCGAAGGGAGCCUUCAAAAGGCUGAGAAAGUGCUUAAGAAGGUUCUGGAAUGGAACAAAGAUGAGGUGCCGAACAAGGAUGAACUGGUUGGGAACUUGUACAGCUGCAUAGGCAACGCCCAGAUUGAACUGGGGCAGAUGGUGGCUGCCUUGCAGAGUCACAGAAAGGACCUGGAGAUCGCCAAAGAAUAUGACCUUCCAGAUGCAAAAUCAAGAGCCCUUGACAAUAUUGGCAGAGUUUUUGCCAGAGUUGGGAAAUUCCAGCAAGCCAUUGACACGUGGGAGGAGAAGAUUUCUCUGGCCAAAACCACCCUGGAGAAGACCUGGCUGUUCCAUGAGAUUGGGCGCUGUUACUUGGAGCUGGACCAGGCAUGGCAAGCCCAGAGUUACGGUGAGAAGUCUCAGCAGUAUGCCGAGGAGGAAGGGGACCUCGAGUGGCAGCUGAACGCUAGUGUUCUGGUGGCCCAGGCACAAGUGAAGCUGAGAGACUUCGAGUCAGCUGUGAACAACUUUGAGAAGGCCCUGGAGAGAGCCAAGCUGGUCCACAACAAUGAGGCUCAGCAGGCCAUCAUCAGUGCCUUAGACGACGCCAACAAGGGCAUCAUUGAAGAACUUAAGAAAACCAACUACAGGGAGAUACUCAGGGAAAAGGCGGAGAAACAGGAGGUCAAUGCACUCAUGGAGCUGCCCGGAGCAUCGUCAGAGAAGGAAUCCAGGCGAGCUCGAGACGAGCCAGAGAAGGUGAUGAAACAGUGGGAAAGGGAUCCCACGGAGAGCGAGAGAGACACCACGGACGAUGAAGGGUCGAAGCAAGGGCUGCAGAGACCGGAGGAGCAUGACAGCAAAGGUCCCAGAGAACUCACCAGAAAACUGCUAGGGGACGAAGAGUCAAGGGAAAUCUACAGGAGGCUCUCAGAAGACUCGGACCACACAGUCUCAGACAAUGUAAGCCUAUCGGAGAAGAAAAUGGACCCAGCCAGAGGGCAGGUCGAAAGGUUGGAGAAAACAGAGGAAGAAGACGAAAUGAAAAACUGAAAUGCUAAACAGGAAAGGAAUGAAGACUUGCUUAGCAGGCAUUAGGUUCCGGAGGACGGUGUUCCCAGGUGAGAUGCUUUUGAUAGGAAAAACUGGGAGACUGACGCCUCCACGUCAUCCCACGUGCCCCCCGUUUUCUCAUUAAAUAUGUGUCUUAACU